AUGUGCCCCAAUUUCUUGAGGCAUCUUUUGGCACUCCUGGUCAAGAAUCGCGAAGAAGGUCUAUUGUUUUGCCUCGAAGAGCUUCGUCACCUUGUUCUGAUGAAGAGAAACAGUCAAAACCCUGGGACCUUUCUUAUGUCUCCCCGUCCAGGACGUCAAAUCAUACAGGGUGUCCCGUACCGUGAUCAGGACUGGCGAGAGGAGUUUUUUGUCUUCAAGAUAGACGAGGCGUCAGUGGGAAGCUCUGAUUUCUCGAGCCUUCCUUGUUAUUGGGCUGAGGACAUAGUUCAUUCGUGGAGAUCAGAUAUGACCGAUGGGCUUCGGGGGUUAGUCGGAGCUCUCCGGAGAGGUCGCUCGGAUUGGUCCUGUUUUGAUAAUUCUCGAGUUCGACCUGCUUUCUGGAUGUCGGGUGGAUCAGGUGUCGCCCCGGAGAUCGCGGGUGCCUCUGAGGAUGAAGCGGAGCACUCUCAGGAGGAGGUACAGGCUCCUUCUAGCAAUCCUCCUCCUUGCGAUAGGUUGGAGAGGCAGGAGGACGAUUCCGUCGUUGCGUGUCGUAAACGACGUCGAUUAUCGAAGGCUGUCGUACCUGAGUCGUCUCGUUCAGGUAGAAAGUUGAAAGGUUGGAAGCUCGUCCUUGAAGGUGAUGGUGCCUUGUCUAUGGAUCGAGGCGACCUUAUUUCUCUUGCUCAGCGUACGAGAUCUGCGGACUGUCGUCCCCCAUCUCUUGUCUCUCCCGGCGAGGAGGAGGCUUAUGCCAAAGUGGUUUCUGCGAGCUCCAAGGUCGUGGAAGCUUUCAACGAGUUUACCGUAACGAUGGAAGAUCGCAUUCGUGCUCUUCGUAAUGAGGGUGAGGUGGAGAAAGGAAAGGCCGAGGUUCGGAGGCUUACAGAGGAGCUCCUACUGGCCAAGGAAGAAAUUAGAAAGAAGACGGGAGAGGCGAUGCUCUUGAAGGAUGAAUGGCAGAGGGCACGUAGUGAAAGGGCGGCUUUUGAGAUCGAGGUCGCCGCUCUUAGGACCAAGGUCGCAGAGCUUGAAACAGGUCAUGAUCGAGACAUCCGUAGAGGUUCUCGUGCUGCUCGUCGCAAGGUCGCUGACGGCUUUCGAGAGGUUAUUGCUUCUCUAAAGAAGAGGUGGCUUGAGAAAAAGAAGGAGGUGUCUGCUGGGAUUCAGCUCCACGAGCUAGUUGCUAAUCUUUAUUUAUUAAACGAGAUCAAGAAUGAGGGGCUAGUGGUAGAUGAAGAGAUCGAUCAUCAUAAGGAAAUGGAGAAGGAUUUUGAAGCUAUUGCUGGCUUGGCUGCUGUUCCGGACUGGUCGGUGGCAGGUCUCAACCUUCCUCAAGUCUCUGAAGACUCGAUUAUCAACGAUGCAGCAGUGAGAUCGUCUUCCGGCGAAGGAGCUAGUUCUUAG